AUGGGCGGCCAGAUGCAUCAGAGCAAUGCUGCCGCGGCUGCUCUGUAUGACCAUGCCGGCGCUGUACCUUUGCACGGUGCAGCGGCAGGGACUGCGAACGAUGCUGGCGAUGCUGUUAUGGCACGCUGGUUGCAAUCUGCCGGCUUACAGCAUCUGGCCUCUCCGUUGGCUUCAAAUGCAAUUGAUCAACGGCUUCUCCCCAACCUUCUUAUGCAGGGUUAUGGAGCCCAGUCUGCAGAAGAAAAACAAAGACUUUUUAAGUUGAUGAGAGGUCUCAAUUUUAAUGGGGAAUCUGGUUCAGAACCAUAUACACCCACUUCCCAAACUUUAGGUGGAGUGGCUGUAUCAGAUGGGUUUUAUUCUCCUGACUUUAGAGGGGAUUUUGGAGCCGGUCUUAUGGAUCUUCAUGCUAUGGAUGAUACAGAGCUUUUGUCUGAGCAUGUUAUCUCAGAACCCUUUGAGCCAUCACCCUUUAUGCCUGGAGGUACCAGAGAAUUUGAAGAUGACUUCAACUCAGUCAGCAGCAAGCAGGAAGGAGAAGCAAUUGCUGAUGCGUCACAUUUUUUACCCGUGCAUGAAAAAGACACUAAUACAAGAGAAAAUAAUGUUGCUAAGAUAAAAGUUGUGGUACGUAAAAGACCUUUAAAUAAAAAGGAACUUGCUAAGAAGGAGGAUGAUGUUGUAACGGUUUACGACAAUGCAUAUUUGACUGUUCAUGAGCCCAAAGUGAAGGUUGAUUUGACAGCUUAUGUCGAGAAGCACGAAUUUUGUUUUGAUGCUGUUAUUGACGAGAAUGUUACCAAUGAUGAAGUAUAUCGAGUUACAGUAGAACCUAUUAUUCCUACAAUUUUCGAGAGGACAAAAGCUACCUGUUUUGCUUAUGGUCAGACAGGAAGUGGCAAAACAUUCACAAUGCAACCAUUACCACUCAGAGCUGCAAAUGACCUUGUUAGACAGUUGCAUCGACCAGUUUACCGAAAUCAGAAAUUUAAAUUGUGGCUUAGCUACUUUGAGAUAUAUGGUGGAAAAUUGUAUGAUCUUCUUGGUGACAGGAAGAAACUCUUAAUGAGAGAAGAUGGACGGCAGCAAGUUUGCAUUGUAGGACUACAAGAAUUUGAAGUGUCUGAUGUACAGAUUGUCAAAGACUUUAUUGAGAAAGGGAAUGCAGCAAGGAGUACAGGAUCCACUGGCGCGAAUGAAGAGUCCUCCAGGUCACAUGCUAUCUUACAACUGGUUGUAAAGAGGCACAAUGAAGUAAAAGAGAGCAGGAGAAAAAAUGAUGAAAAUGAGGCAAAAAGUGGGAAGGUUGUGGGGAAGAUUUCUUUCAUUGAUCUUGCUGGAAGUGAAAGAGGUGCUGACACUACUGACAACGACCGUCAGACAAGGAUUGAGGGAGCAGAAAUCAACAAGAGUCUUUUAGCUUUGAAAGAAUGCAUUCGAGCUUUGGACAAUGACCAGAUCCAUAUUCCUUUUCGUGGAAGUAAACUUACGGAAGUCCUCCGUGACUCUUUUGUUGGCAAUUCAAAGACUGUCAUGAUCUCUUGUAUAUCUCCAAAUGCAGGAUCUUGCGAACACACACUCAAUACCUUGAGAUAUGCCGAUCGAGUCAAGAGUCUGUCCAAAAGUGGAAAUUCUAGAAAGGACCAGGCUCCAAAUCCGGUACCACAGUCAAAUAAAGAGGUUUUUUCCACGUUGUCCCUUCCAGACAGUGCCGGUGCUGAGGAUUUUUAUGAUCAACGUCAACAGGUGAGAACAGUGGAUACGGGCAGGAAAGUUAUUGAGAAGGAACCCUCUUUGUACAGCUCUGCUGCUGAUGUUGACAAGCAACCAUCGAGUUUUUCUUCCAGCUUUUUAUUCAACGGGCGAGAGGAGAAAGGUUUGCCUUCUGUCUCAAUGGACAGGAACAGGCUUGAAGUGAAGAAUGUGACUAGUCAAAAGAUGAACCCUUAUUCCCAAAAUGAUGCAGAUGAGAAAGUGCUAAAGGUGUCUCCCCCACGCAGAAAAGGGACCAAGGAGGAGAAACCUGAAAGGUCCUCGAACUGGUCAAAAAGGGACACCAAUGGUUCUGAUCAUUUCAUCACAAGCUCCAAGCAGCAAAGCACAGGGAGUUUUAACACAGUUACCACUGGAUCUAGGCAGCCUGAAACAGAAUCCUCUCCUGAUGUGAAUAACAGUGCUGUUCUUGAGGAGGAAGAAGCACUAAUUGCUGCUCAUAGGAAAGAAAUUGAGGACACAAUGGAGAUUGUCCGUGAAGAAAUGAAACUAUUAGCAGAAGUGGACCAGCCAGGAAGUCUUAUUGACAACUAUGUAAGCCAGCUGAGUUUUUUGCUUUCUCGCAAAGAAGCUAGUCUUGUAAGUCUACAGGCUCGCCUUGCGAGGUUUCAACAUCGACUAAAAGAACAGGAGAUACUAAGCCGAAAAAGAGUACCCCGUUAA